CCGUCGGGGGCGGGGCGCGCAGGAGCUCCCGACGGAGCCGAGCGGGGCGGGCGCGAAGUCUGUGGCUUGGGGCUUCGCGCGUGCGCGCCGCGGACGCCCGGCCUGGCCCGCGAGCUUCCCUACCGGGCGAGCUGUGGCGACAGCGGCGCGGGAAUACCCGGGGAAGAGGUGGCCGUCGCCGGCGGGCGUCCCGCCAUGGAGGAGGCGUUGGCGCCUCCGGAGCGGCCGCUCUGCGAAAGCCUCAUCCUGUGGCUGCAGACAUUCAAGACUGCCUCACCUUGUCAAGAUGUCAAACAGCUGACUAAUGGAGUUGCGAUGGCACAAGUUCUUCAUCAAAUUGAUGUUGCUUGGUUCAAUGAAUCUUGGUUAAGUCGAAUUAAGGAAGAUGUUGGGGACAACUGGAGAAUAAAGGCUAGUAACUUAAAGAAGAUUCUUCAAGGAAUUAUGAGUUAUUACCACGAGUUUUUGGGGCAGCAGAUUUCUGAAGAACUUAUUCCUGAUUUAAACCAAAUAACUGAAUGUUCAGAUUCUGUGGAGCUUGGGAGAUUGCUCCAGCUUAUUUUAGGUUGUGCAGUCAACUGUGAAAAGAAGCAAGAACAUAUUAAAAAUAUAAUGACACUGGAGGAGUCUGUCCAGCAUGUGGUAAUGACUGCUAUUCAAGAGUUGAUGAGUAAGGAAAUAGUGAGCUCUCCUACAAACGAUGCUGUCGGAGAAUUAGAGCAGCAGCUUAAAAGGGCUUUGGAAGAACUUCAGGAAGCACAAGCUGAGAAAGAAGAGCUGAAGCAGAGAUGCCAAGAACUGGAUAUGCAGGUGACAGCACUUCAAGAUGAGAAGAAUUCACUGGUUUCUGAGAAUGAGAUUAUGAAUGAAAAACUUGACCAGUUGGAGAGCUCUUUUGAUGAUCCAAAUGUGAUGGUUGCAAGAAAGUAUAUCCAUGCACAGUUACAAGUAGAACAGUUACAGGAAGAAAACUUCAGACUUGAAGCUGCAAAAGAUGACUAUCGUGUUCACUGUGAAGAACUUGAAAAGCAACUGGUUGAAUUUCAGCAUAGGAAUGAUGAAUUGACUGGUAUGGCUGAAGAAACAAGAGCCCUGAAAGAUGAAAUUGAUGUUCUUAGGGCUACCUCUGAUAAAGUAAGUAAACUGGAAUCAACAGUUGAAAUUUAUCGUCAGAAGCUACAAGAUCUAAAUGACCUCCGCAAGCAAGUGAAAACUUUGCAGGAUACAAACAUGAUGUAUAUGCAUAAUACAGUCAGCUUAGAAGAAGAAUUAAAGAAGGCAAAUGCAGCCCGUACACAGUUAGAAACAUACAAAAGGCAGGUUCAGGACCUGCACAGUAAACUUUCUUCUGAAUCCAAAAGGGCAGACACUUUGGCAUUUGAAAUGAAGCGGCUUGAAGAAAAACAUGAAGCUUUACUUAAAGAAAAAGAGAGACUGAUAGAGCAGCGGGAUACUCUGAAAGAAACAAAUGAAGAGCUUCGUUGUUCACAAGUACAGCAGGAUCACCUAAAUCAAACAGACACAUCUGCUACAAAGAGUUAUGAGAACCUUGCUGCUGAGAUCAUGCCAGUGGAGUACAGAGAGGUGUUUAUUCGACUGCAGCAUGAAAACAAGAUGCUUCAAUUACAGAAGGAAGGAUCUGAGAAUGAGCGUAUUGCAGAGCUACAAGAACAGCUGGAGCAGAAGCACCGCAAGAUGAAUGAAUUGGAAACUGAGCAAAGGCUCAGCAAAGAGCGCAUCCGAGAAUUGCAGCAGCAGGUUGAAGACCUCCAAAAGUCUUUACAAGAGCAUUGCUCCAAGUCUGAAGGUGAAAGUUCCAGCAAACUAAAGCAGAAGUUGGAAGCUCAUAUGGAAAAACUAACAGAGGUUCAUGAAGAAUUACAAAAGAAACAAGAGCUCCUUGAAGAUCUUCAGCCAGAUAUAAAUCAAAAUGUACAAAAGAUUGGAGAACUUGAAGCUGCUCUUCAGAAGAAAGAUGAAGAUAUGAAAGCAAUGGAGGAAAGAUAUAAAAUGUAUUUAGAGAAAGCUAGAAAUGUAAUAAAAACUUUAGAUCCCAAAUUAAAUCCAGCAUCAGCUGAAAUAAUGCUGCUCAGAAAGCAGUUGGCAGAGAAAGAGAGAAGAAUUGAAAUUCUGGAGAGUGAAUGUAAAGUAGCAAAAUUCCGUGAUUAUGAAGAAAAACUCAUUGUUUCUGCCUGGUAUAAUAAGAGUCUCGCAUUCCAGAAACUGGGGAUGGAGUCCAGGCUUGUCAGCUGCGCUAGCAGUGAUGCUGCUCCUUGCGGCCCCGCACGGUCCUUCUUGGCACAGCAGCGACAUAUCACCAGCACCCGGAGAAACCUCUCUGUCAAAGUUCCUGCUGCAACAUCUGAUUAAACUGCAAAAUAAAACAGGAACAGAAGUGCCCUUAAAACAUUUUAUACCUUUCAGCUGCUGGAUUAUAAAAGGUUAAGAUGUUCGACAUUGGCGUGUUGGAAUAAAAAUGCCACAAAUUGAUUUUGCCAGCUAACUUUGAAAACAAAAUAUAGAAUUAACUGUGUUUCUGGGUAAGCUCACUUGAAUAUGAAGAUGUAAUUACGUAUCUCAAACAAGCAUUCACUUUUUUGAGUAUUGUAAUUUCAAUUUGACUCAUGUUAAUGUUUUGUUACACUGGUAAUUUGAUCAAUUUGCAACAUGUAAUCAGUAAUACCCAAUUUUAAAAUGUAGCUAGAUUUAUGUUAUUAGUCCAUAUAUAACUAGUCUUUAUGUAGGCAAUAGAGAACUUUAGAAGGGUGAUUUCUUUAACUUGAUGUAUGUGAGAUUUUACUUUGUAUCCACAAAUUCGUUUAAAUGGAUGUAUUUUGGCAUGCUAUGUAAGGUGUACUGUCUGGAAGAUUUAACCUUGGCAAUGACUUUGUGGAAAUAGGCCAUAGUUUUCACAGGUAGCUGCUAAAAACAUGGAAUUCAGGAGAGCUUGAUUAAAGUGUUAGAAGGUAGGAGAUACACUAACAUUUUUAGUAGGUAACAUUUUUAGGAAGGCAAGCUGAAAAACAAUACUUGGUGUGAACUACCUACCUCCUUUUAAAUGUAAUCAAUAAAAAUAUACUGAUAGUCUCAUUUACUGCUUUUCAGCUUAAAAUUUAGCUGCCUAAAAAUGACAUAUACUACAAUAUAUUAAUUUUUGUUUCUUUAUUGAAAAGAUUCUUUGCAAUGAUAAAACAACUUCAGUUUCAUCUUUGCUUAGUUAUUAAGGAGUUUAUCAUGGGAAAAAUUUGUGAUUUCAGUUUAUUUCUGCUGAAAGCUCUUUUCAAAGCUAUUUCUGUCUUUGGGGAUCAUCUUUAAACAUCUUUGUUUGGGGUAUCAGUUAAAUUGUGUUGUGUCUGUGUUGUUCAGUAUUGUUGCCACAAGCCACAUGUAGCAGUUUAACUUAAUUAAAACAAAAAAAGUUAGCUCCCUGAGUUACAGCCACAUUUUCAACACACAUGUAGCUCGUGGCUUCUUUACUGGGCAGUGCUAAUAUAGAAUAUUUUCAUCACUGUAUUUUUCUGUUGGACAAUAACUGUCCUUAAUCUCUUUUUAAUGGUAAAAUUAGAAAUACAUUUUUUAUAUUAAAGCACAAAAAUAAAAAUCAUUAGGACUAUUUCAGAGAUGGUCAGAAAUCAAAUUCUUACAUAAUUAGCAUCUUAUAUUCUGUAUAGUUGAAUAGCAUUACAGUGAUAAUUGUAGUUAAUUUUUUGAGUGCUGUUUAACAAAUCCUUAGCAGCAGUAUGUCUGGAUCAUAAGUCAGCAGGAUUUCUGUAAAGGCAGAGAUAGUAAAUAUUCUAGGCUUUGUGGGCUAUAUGAUCUCUGUCCCAAGUACUCUGUUUUGCACUUAGGAUGUAAAAGAAGUCAUAGACAAUAUACAAAUUGGAUGUGGCUGUAUUUCCAUAAAAUUUUAUUUAUAGCAACACUAAGAUGGAUUUGGCUAUAGAUUAUAUACCAGUUUUUAUUCUAGGUCAUUCUUUCCUUAUGAGUAUUGUUCUAUUUGCAGUAUUCAUUUAGGUACCUACUUUUAAAUUUCUUGCCCAGUUACUGUUAUAAUCACGAAAAAUACAAGAAUUUCUUACUGCAUCUAGGUCUCAGAUUAGCGAGUGUCUGCCAGCAUGUUUUGUUCAUCAGGGUUACUUCUUACUACCUCUUGGAUUCCAAUGCUUUUCUUAUCUGUACAGUUAUCAGUUUGCAUUUUUGUGUGUUCUUGUUGUGCCCACUUGCCUAUAACUUUUGGUGAAAUAAGACUUUGAAAAUAUUUUAGCAUGCUAUUUAAAAUUUUCUGAGUAUUAUGGCAUUUCGGGAUAUUUUGAUCCUUAAACAUGUCCUGCCUGUUUGAUGUUUCUCCUUGUUCAAAGCAGAGAUUUUUAUCAAGUGCUCAGUGCUUCAAGAGCUCUUUUAAUAGAAUUUAUCAUAAAACAUCAAUAAGUCAGUUUUCCAGUUCUAUUGAUAAUAAAAUUUUCAAUUAUUAUACUUAGAAUUUCUUAAAAAGAUCACACAGUUUCUGAAUAAGGACUUAAAGCUAAAUUCUUUUUUCUUAAUAGAGAAGCAGCAUUUCUCAUCAUUUUUCUAGUUGAUAAGUGGAACUUAAAUUUGAUUAAAUAGGUAUUUAUAUGAGAAUAAUAUACUGUACUUUGAAGUUCUCUAUUAUUAUGACUACUUACAGAAAUUCAGGAACUGAUCAGAAGUGAAUUUCUUUUCCACAUCUGGUUGACUUAGUAAGAUUGACACCCUGUGGGUGGUGAAGCAUUAUCAAUAUUUUAUCAUGAACCAUGAUUUCUAAUGUCUGUGUUGUGGGGGAGACUUGAAUGCAUAUAUUGUGAAAGAGGUAACUCAGCAUUUAUCUAUUUCAUAAGAAAUUAAAUUUACCCAUGUACAGACUAAUUUGGAAAUGAUCCUUAACCUUGAGAAAUUUCUCUUUAAGAUUAAAUCCUCCUUUCUCUUUUCAAAAUGUAUACAAAGACAGUGAUGUUGAUCCUGAGAUUAACUUAAUAUAUUGAGAAAUCUUUGAAGUUUUUCUAUUUUUACAAUAAAUAUGGCUAUUGAUUUACUACACCUUAAAAAUGUCUUUGUCUAGAAAUGUUAAGAGUGAGUAUUCUUCAUUAGGAUACCUUCAUCUCUGAUACUUAGAGUGCUAAUUUCAAUGUGAAAUAAUACUUUCAUAACCAUACUUGUUUCCAUGUUGUGACAACUCUGGCCCUUGGGGAAUAGCGAUGACUUUCAGUGCACAGUGCUGUGUGCAUCAGGUUUUGUGAAAUGAGAAAUAUUCCUUUAUAAAAAUCUGAUUAUAUGAUUGUAUGCAUACAUUCUCAUUGUGAACAUGUACAUUGCAAAGAAGUAGUUUGAAAAUUUGCAAAACAUAAACCAUAACAGAAAAUAGAGUACAGUAAUAAAUAUGAGGUAGUUUUAAAAUAAUGUUUAGUUUUAAAGGUCCUUUCUAUUUUCUAUUGCAAAGACUUUGACACUUGAGAAAUAGAAGCAAUACUUCAUUUAUUUUUGUAUGUAUUUAGAAUAUUUUAAAUAAAUGCUUGUCCAGUAAUAACAAUAGUGAAAUGUUUUACUUUAAUAAACCUACUUCUAAUUGUUGGCUAUGAUUUUUUAAAAUACAUGUUUGUGAUACGAAGUGAGCAUAUUUGUUGUGUGUAUCUGGUCAGUGGACAUGACACAUCAUAAUUCUCUUCACUUCUCUUCUCUCCCCUGUCCUUCUCUCUACCUCUUGAUCCCCUUCUCAUUUGUAUAGUAUCUAUCAUCCUGCUUCCUACCAUCUAUCUUCUGUUUUUUUCUCUUUAUUUAGUGCUUCUCAUAUAAGAUAAGCAAUAUGACAUAUAAGCUUAUAUAUUUGAUUUGUUUCAUUUAACAUGAAUUCAGUGUCGAUCCAUUUUGCUAUAAAUGAUUUAAAUGUGUCCUUCUUUAGAGCGAGUAGUACUCCAUUGUGUGUAAAUACCAUAACUUCCUUAUCUGUUUAUCUGUUGAUGGACUAAGCAGCUUCCAAGAUUUAGCAAUUAUGAAUUGUGCUCCUGAAAACAUGCUCUCCAUGUACAGUUACAAUUUGUCUUCAGGUCUUUUGAGAGGAUACCAAGUAAGGGAAUAAUGGAGUUUGUAUUUUUAGUUUUUUGAGGAAUCUGCAUACUGAUUUAUAUACUAGUUUUACUGUUUACAUCCCUACCAACAAUGUGAAAGGGUUCAUUUUCCCCAGUCCUCACCAGAAUGUGUUUGCUACUUGAUUUCUUAAUGCUAGAUAGUCUUUCUAGAGUAACAGAUUUACUCUAGAAUAACAGGGUUUCAUGGUUGUUUGAAUUUGUAUUUCUAACAUUAUUAAACAGUUUUUCAUGUAUUUAGUGGCCAUUUAUACUUUUGAAAGCUGUCUGUACAUUUCAGUCGCCCAGUUUUUGGUUGAGUUUUGCACAGCACCUGCUUGGCAAGCACAGGGUUAUGAGUUUGAGUCCUGGUACCAAAAAGAAAAAAAUUUGUGGCCAGGGAUAUAACAGCAGAACAGCACCUGCCUGAUUGGGUUUUUUGUUGGGGACCACUACCCAGCAGCUCUGAGCAGGAUUUAAAUUUUACUAAUUGGCUUUCUAUGUUUAUCUGUGAGUCUGUCCUAGACCUGGGCCCCUUGUCUGGCAAUGGGAGUUGAUCCAUAGUAAGUGAACCUCUAUGAGUCACUGGUAGUGGCUGAGGCUUAUAGUGGCCUUUGAGGCCAGAGAUACCUCAAAGGGCAAAAUAAGGCCGCAGCUGAAGACACCUUGGCUCCAAUACUAAGUAAAUAGACACUGUAGCUGCAGGCAUCUCACUCCUGCAGUCUCAGUCCCACCCAUAAAUGUUAUCUUGGAGAUAGGAUCGUUCUCCUAAAUUGGUUUAACGUACUGCUUGGGGAAGUCUUUGAAGUGACCCCGAGGUUCUGCUCAUUUCCUGUGCUUUCCUCAGUUUCCUUGCCUUUUGUCUUAGUCAUAAUAAAAGUGGGCUAAUUCAGAGAAUGCUUUGUCAUAGUCCUCAGAGUUGUGAGCUCAACUAAAGGGUUUUGACCCUCCUGGAGCCCUGAAACUCAUAAUUUGUCUCUUUAUUUAACCUCCACUGUACACUUGUUUGGAAGAUCCGGGAUCUAGAUCAGGAACCCGUAUUUUCUCUUUUGGGUAACCUGAUUUUGUUUCAAUUCUUGAAGUACUUCAGAUAUUACUCCUCUGUCUGAGGCAUAGCUGGCUAAUGUUUUUUUCCCUUUAUAUAGGUUGUCUCUUCACUCUGUUGGUUAUUUGCUUUCUGUGUAGCUUUUUAAUCUGGUAUGAUCCUAUUAUGUGAUUCUUUAUAUUUUUCUUGACUAGUUGGAGUUCUCAAGAAGUCCUUAUCUACACCUAUGAAUUCAAGAGUUUUAUCUGUUUUAAUCUAGCAGGCUCUGUUGUCUACUAUUUAUCUUUCUGAUCCAUUUUGAUUGUAGUUUGUUACAUGGUCAGAAAUAAGGGUCUAACUUCAGUUUUCUGCAAGUUCAUAGCUAAUUUUACCAGCCCCAUAUGCUGAAGAGGCUGUCUUUCCUCCAGCAUGUAUUUUUUGUCUCUUGUCAAAGAUCAGAUGAAUGAGUGUGCUUGGGUUUGUAUUUACAUCCUCUAUUCUGUUCCAAUAGUCUGCAUGUUUUUUGUGCUAGUGCCAUGCUGUCUUUAUCAUUGUAACUUUGUAAUAUAAUCUGAAGUUCAGGAUUGUGAUGCCUUCUGCUUUGUUCUUGACACCCAGGGUGAUUUUUGCUGUUUUCUGUUGUUCCAUAUGAAUUUUAGGAUUGUUUUCUCUAAUUUAUGAGAAAUGCUGUUGAUGUUUUGAUUGGGAUUGCAUCAAAUCUGUAUGGCAGUUUAAGAAGUUUGGGUAUUUUGACAAUAUUAGUUCUGCCCAUCUAAGAACAGGGUAUAUUUUUUCCUCUUCAAUCUCCUUCAUUAGAUUACUGUAUUUUCAUUGUAGAAAUUUAUUUUGUAACGUUAAUUCAUAAGUAUUUAAUUCUUGAUGAGGUUGUAAAUCACAUUGUUUUCUAAUUCCUUCUCAUUGGGAUUGUUAUUGGAAUACAGAAAGAUGUGAUUUUGUGUGUUGAUUUUUGUUUCCUGCUACCUUGCUGUAUUUGAUUUACUAACUUUAUGAGUCUUUUGGAGAUUUUGGGGGGUAGUCUAUGUAAAGUAUCAAUGCCAUCUGCAAAUAAUAAUAAUUUGAAUUCUUUUUA